GCAGGAAAACGAGAACUAGCAAGAACUUGAGUGACAACCGCCUGGACUCAGAUUGGAAGACUGUUCAUUUGGCUAUUGCUUCCUUCAUUCCUGAAAAGUGAGCUGCACCUGUCUGAUUAAGAAAAAAAAAGAAAGAAUCUGAAAGAGAGAACAGAGACCAAAAUACCCCAGCAUUUCUAACAUAACCUUUCACCUGAACCUAAAAUGGUGAGCGAGAGUCAUCAUGAGGCCCUGGCAGCCCCGCCUGUCAGCACUGUUGCGACUGUUAUACCAAAUAAUGCCACAGAGCCAGCCAGUCCCGGAGGAGGGAAGGAAGACGCCUUUUCUAAGCUGAAGGAGAAGUUCAUGAAUGAGUUACACAAAAUUCCACUGCCACCGUGGGCCUUAAUCGCCAUUGCCAUCGUCGUGGUCCUCUUAGCCCUGACCUGCUGCUUUUGUGUCUGUAAGAAAUGUUUGUUCAAAAAGAAAAACAAGAAGAAGGGGAAGGAAAAGGGAGGGAAGAAUGCCAUUAACAUGAAAGAUGUGAAAGACUUAGGGAAGACCAUGAAAGAUCAGGCUCUUAAGGAUGAUGAUGCUGAAACCGGAUUGACUGAUGGGGAAGAAAAAGAAGAACCCAAAGAAGAAGAGAAGUUGGGGAAACUUCAAUAUUCACUGGAUUAUGAUUUCCAGAACAACCAGCUGCUGGUAGGGAUCAUCCAGGCUGCUGAGCUGCCCGCCUUAGACAUGGGUGGCACAUCUGACCCCUACGUGAAAGUGUUUCUGCUGCCCGAUAAAAAGAAGAAAUUUGAGACAAAAGUCCAUCGAAAGACCCUCAAUCCCGUCUUCAAUGAGCAAUUUACUUUCAAGGUGCCGUACUCGGAACUGGGAGGCAAAACCCUGGUGAUGGCUGUGUAUGAUUUCGACCGUUUCUCCAAGCAUGACAUCAUCGGGGAAUUUAAAGUCCCCAUGAACACAGUGGAUUUUGGUCACGUGACUGAGGAGUGGCGUGAUCUGCAAAGUGCCGAGAAAGAAGAGCAAGAGAAAUUGGGUGACAUCUGCUUCUCCCUUCGCUAUGUACCUACGGCUGGCAAACUGACUGUUGUCAUUCUGGAGGCAAAGAACCUGAAGAAGAUGGAUGUGGGUGGCCUAUCUGAUCCUUAUGUGAAGAUUCAUCUGAUGCAGAAUGGCAAGAGGCUGAAGAAGAAAAAGACGACAAUUAAAAAGAAUACACUGAACCCCUACUACAAUGAGUCAUUCAGCUUUGAAGUACCCUUUGAGCAAAUCCAGAAAGUGCAAGUGGUGGUAACUGUUUUGGACUAUGACAAGAUUGGCAAGAACGAUGCCAUCGGCAAAGUCUUUGUGGGCUACAAUAGCACCGGGGCGGAGCUGCGACAUUGGUCAGACAUGCUGGCCAAUCCCAGGCGACCCAUUGCCCAGUGGCACACCCUACAGGUAGAGGAGGAAGUUGAUGCCAUGCUGGCAGUCAAGAAGUAAAGGAAAGAAGCCUUUCUGCAUUUGCCCACAUAGUGCUCUUUAGCCAGUAUCUGUAAAUACCUCAGUAAAUGGGUCCUUUCGUUUUUCCAGCCAUGCGUUCCUAACACAAUUCAGUGGUACUUCAAAUCCUGUUUUAAUUUGCACAAAUUUAAACGUAGAGAGCCCCUGAGUCCUUCAUCAUACCACUGCCCUCCAAAUCUACUCUUCUUUUAAGCAAUAUGAUGUGUAGAUAGAGCAUGACUGAAAUUAUUUAUUGUAUCACACAGUUGUAUAUACCAGUAUGCUAAAGAUUUAUUUCUAGUUUGUGUAUUUGUAUGUUGUAAGCGUUUCCUAAUCUGUGUAUAUCUAGACGUUUUUAAUAAGAUGUUCUAUUUUAAACUAUGUACAUUGACUGAGAUAUAGGAGAGCUGAUAAUAUAUUCUAUGGUAAAAUAUAGUAUCGCCUGCAUUCCAGCAAAAAUAUCAACGUGUAAGGCACUAGUACAGUGAAACUGACAUCUUAAAGGACAACUUAAACCUGAGCUUUCUAUUGAAUCAUUUGAGUACCAAGAUACACUUACACCACGUAUUUGGUGGGUUAACCCAAUUUUGUAGAAUUUCUUCCCAGGCACAUUAGCACGAUCUGAGCAGCAUCCAGGCUGAUCUCCAGGAAGCCGAGCCACAAAACAGAACAGCAUCUGUCUGUACAUAUCUACAAAGCUAAAACCAGGGCUUCACUCUUACAUUUGAAGGAGCAACUAAACAGGAGUCAAUGAUUUCAUAUUACUGCGUAGAGAGUCGCAACCUGAUGGUAUUCUGUGUGUGUGUGUGUGUGUGUGUGUGUGUAUACACGUGUGCGUGUGUGUGCAUGCGUGCAUGUGUGCGUGCCUUUGUUUAAAGACGGGGGUGGGUGGGAAGAAGCUGAGGGAAGAAGUCAGCAUUUCUGAAAUAUUGCCUGACUAUUUAAAAAGAAACAAAGUAGCUCUCCGUGUCACCUUUCUACAAAAUGUGCAUCCUGUGGAUUCUGUCCCAGAUUUCACGCCUCUAAUAAUUCCAAAACAUUUGCACACUAGACUUUGUAACAAAAUAUUUUAUUAUAUGAAACCAGAUUAGAAGGAAUGCAGAAUAUUUUUAACACAGCAAUCUGGGCUUACUACACAAAAGUUACUUUGUGGUAAACAGACAGUAUUGUAAACCCGUUAAAAGAGGAAAAGUAAACAAUUAGCCAUAGUUCUGAAUGCACUUCAAUUAAGCCAAAACAGACAGCUAGUGACCUUUUUAUAUGCUCUUUUUACUUAAAUAAGUUUUAAUUUGUCCUUUAAAAAAAAAAAAAAAAAAAAAAA